AUGGAUAUCGGAAUUUCGCAAUGCUGCAAAAGCAAUAUAACCGUUAAUACGGACGCCGUACUUUUACGGGAAGCUAUACGGUUCAAUUUUGCGCUGGAUGCGCUUUUAAAUAACGGUUUAACGUUUGUAACGCGCAAGUUAUUCGGCCGAUAUGGUAUGGAAGGAUUUGGCUUUUUAAAUAGCUUUACGGGCGCGAAAUUAAAUUUUGGUUUUGGGCCAUUUCCCAAAAUUAUUUAA